UUGAAAGAUAACAGCAGCAUUGCUCUCCUUCUGCUCUCCUUCUCCAGCAUCUCGCUGUCCUCCGCUGUCUUUCAUCCAUCAUGUUGUUCCGUGCUGCGGCCCGUCAAGCCGCGCCUUUGAAGCGUCAGGCCUUUGCUCCCCUUGCCCGUCGCUCCGUCACCACCGACGCUGCCUCGGCGCAUGCUGAGAACAUCCCCAAGGAAGAUGACAAGCCCUUCACCGUCCGUCUCUCCGACGAGAGCUUCGAGACCUAUGAGAUCGAUCCUCCUCCCUACGAGCUCGAGGUCACUAAGAAGGAGCUGAGGCAGAUGUACUACGACAUGGUUGCCGUGAGACGCAUGGAAAUGGCCGCCGACCGUCUGUACAAGGAGAAGAAGAUCAGAGGUUUCUGCCACUUGUCCACCGGUCAGGAAGCCGUCGCCGUCGGUAUCGAGCACGCCAUCUCCCGCGACGACAAGGUCAUCACCUCCUACCGUUGCCACGGUUUUGCCAUGAUGCGCGGUGGUACCGUCCGCUCCAUCAUCGGUGAGCUGCUCGGUCGCCGUGAGGGUAUCGCCUACGGCAAGGGUGGUUCCAUGCACAUGUUCGCCCCCAACUUCUACGGUGGCAACGGUAUCGUCGGUGCCCAGGUCCCCGUCGGUGCCGGUCUUGCUUUCGCCCAGCAGUACAACAACGAGAAGGCCACCAGCAUCAUCCUGUACGGUGAUGGUGCCUCCAACCAGGGUCAGGUCUUCGAGGCCUUCAACAUGGCCAAGCUCUGGAACCUGCCCGCCCUGUUCGGCUGUGAGAACAACAAGUACGGUAUGGGUACCUCCGCGGCCCGCUCCUCCGCCCUGACCGAGUACUACAAGCGUGGUCAGUACAUCCCCGGUAUCAAGGUCAACGGCAUGGACGUCCUGGCCACCAAGGCCGCCGUCAAGUACGGUAAGGACUUCGCGACCUCGGGCAACGGUCCCCUCGUCUUCGAGUACGUCACCUACCGUUACGGAGGUCACUCCAUGUCCGACCCCGGUACCACCUACCGCAGCCGUGAGGAGAUCCAGCGCAUGCGCAGCACCCACGACCCCAUCGCCGGUCUCAAGCAGAAGAUCCUCGACUGGAACGUCUGCAACGAGGAGGAGCUCAAGGCCCUCGACAAGGCCGCCCGCACCCACGUCGACGAGGAGGUCGCUGAGGCCGAGAAGAUGGUCGCCCCCGAGAGCACCCCCCGCAUCCUCUUUGAGGAUAUCUACGUCCGUGGCAGCGAGCCCCGCUGGAUGAGAGGCCGCACUGUCGACGAGACCUUCUACUACUAGACAACCACUCAUCCUUUUCAGUAGCCAGUGACGUCGGGAGGAAUAUCAGGACAGGUUCAGGAGAUGUGACGAAUGAAACAACUUCGGGAAUUGGGGGGGUUGGCGUGAAACAGCAAAGGGAGGAGAAAGGAAAAAAAGAAGGACUGGCAGUUUCCCGCUACGAUUUCUCCUUUUUUUUUUUU